AUGGCGUCGGCUCUAGCCGGCGAUGAUUUGGCUAGAUCCACGAGCAGCCGCCGGAGCUGGGCCUCCGGGAGCCACCGGAGCUGGGCCUCCACGAGCUUCCGGGAGGCGUGGAACGGCCCGCCAGAUGUGUUCGCGCGGAGCGGGAGGCAGGACGACGAGGAGGAGCUCCGGUGGGCCGCCAUCGAACGGCUGCCAACGUAUGACCGCCUCCGAAAAGGCAUGCUGAAGCAAGUACUUGAUACUGGGAGGGUGGUCCAGCAAGAAGUGGACGUGACCAACCUCGGAAUGCAGGACAAGAAGCAGUUGAUGGAGAGCAUCCUUAAGGUUGCGGAAGAAGAUAAUGAGAGGUUCUUGAGGAGAUUGAGAGACAGGACUGAUAGGGUCGGGAUCGAAAUUCCGAAGAUCGAAGUCCGGUGUGAGCAUUUAUCUGUAGAAGGAGACGUGUACGUUGGAAGCAGAGCUCUCCCUACCCUUCUUAAUGCCACUAUGAACGCGAUAGAGAGUGUUCUUGGACUUAUUCGGCUAGCCCCAUCGAAGAAGAGAAAAAUUCAGAUACUCAAGGACGUGAACGGAUUGGUCAGGCCUUCAAGGAUGACCCUACUUUUGGGUCCACCGGGAGCUGGGAAGACAACAUUGUUGCUGGCACUUGCUGGGAAACUAGACAGCGAUCUGAGGGUAACAGGAAAAGUCACCUACUGUGGUCACGAGCUAAACGAAUUUGUUCCUCAAAGGACUUGCGCUUAUAUCAGCCAACAUGAUCUUCACUAUGGGGAAAUGACAGUUAGAGAGACGUUGGACUUCUCGGGUCGCUGUUUGGGUGUAGGGACAAGGUAUGAGAUGCUUGCAGAACUCUCCAGGCGAGAGAGGGAAGCCGGAAUCAAACCUGAUCCCGAAAUUGACGCUUUUAUGAAGGCCACAGCUCUGUCGGGUCAAGAGACAAGCUUGGUCACUGAUUAUAUACUCAAGAUUCUUGGAAUGGAUAUCUGUGCAGACAUUAUGGUCGGAGAUGAGAUGCGAAGGGGCAUUUCAGGUGGACAAAAAAAGCGUCUUACAACCGGAGAGAUGUUAGUAGGACCAGCAAAGGCUCUUUUUAUGGAUGAAAUAUCCACAGGGUUGGACAGUUCCACUACUUUUCAAAUUUGCAAAUUCAUGAGGCAGAUGGUUCAUAUUAUGGAUGUCACCAUGAUCAUCUCAUUGCUUCAGCCGGCUCCUGAGACUUAUGAUCUCUUCGAUGACAUUAUCCUUCUCUCGGAGGGUCAAGUCGUUUACCAAGGUCCACGAGAGAACGUCCUCGAGUUUUUCGAGCACAUGGGAUUCAAGUGCCCUGAAAGGAAAGGAGUUGCCGACUUCUUGCAAGAAGUGACAUCUAAGAAAGAUCAAGAACAGUAUUGGUUCAAGAAGAACCAACCUUUCCAAUACGUUUCUGUAGAUGAUUUCGUGCAUGGAUUCAAAUCUUUUCACAUUGGCCAACAUCUGUCAUCCGAUCUUAGGAUUCCUUAUGACAAAUCAAAAACUCACCCAGCUGCACUAGUCAAAGAAAAAUACGGGAUUUCAAAUAUGGAGCUGUUCAAGGCAUGCUUUGCCAGAGAAUGGCUACUAAUGAAGCGAAACUCCUUUGUUUACAUAUUCAAGACCACCCAGAUCACUAUCAUGUCGCUUAUUGCUCUGACGGUGUUCCUUAGGACUGAAAUGCCAGUAGGGUCAGUGCAAGAUGGAGGGAAGUUUUUUGGAGCACUUUUCUUCAGCUUGAUCAAUGUCAUGUUCAAUGGAAUGGCGGAACUUGCAAUGACCGUUUUCAGGCUUCCUGUGUUCUAUAAGCAGAGAGAUUUCUUGUUUUACCCCGCUUGGGCUUUCGGCUUGCCUAUUUGGGUCCUCCGAAUUCCAUUGUCAUUCAUGGAAUCAGGGAUAUGGAUCAUCUUAACAUACUACACCAUUGGCUUCGCUCCAGCGGCCAGCAGGUUCUUCAAGCAAUUCUUGGCAUUCUUUGGCAUCCAUCAGAUGGCACUGUCCCUCUUUCGGUUCAUUGCUGCAGUUGGGAGAACUCAGGUUGUCGCAAACACCCUGGGAACCUUCACUUUGCUAAUGGUUUUCGUUCUUGGAGGAUUUAUUGUUUCCAAAAACGACAUCGAGCCAUGGAUGAUAUGGGGAUAUUACGUAUCUCCUAUGAUGUAUGGGCAAAAUGCUAUAGUGAUGAAUGAAUUCCUCGACAAAAGAUGGAGCACGCGUAACGAGGAUACUAGAAUUAAUGAGCCCACAGUUGGAAAAGUGCUUUUGAAGUCUCGAGGUUUCUUCGUACAAGAAUAUUGGUAUUGGAUCUGCAUUGGAGCACUGUUUGGGUUUUCACUCCUCUUCAACAUCUUGUUUGUUGCAGCAUUGACUUGGUUAAAUCCUUUGGGAGAUGCAAAAGCAGUUGUCUCGGAUGAAGAGGCGGAUAAGAAGAAAAACAAAUCAUUGUCUUCGCAACUUGCGAAAGAAGGAAUCGACAUGCAAGUGAGAAGUUCUUCUGAAAUCGUUAGCACUUCAGAGAAUAUACAGAGAAGAGGGAUGGUUCUGCCAUUCCAACCCCUUUCUCUUGCGUUCAACCAUGUGAACUACUACGUGGAUAUGCCUGCAGAAAUGAAGAGUCAAGGAGUUGAGGAAGACCGUCUCCAACUGUUGAGAGAUGUCAGUGGCGCUUUCAGACCAGGGGUACUCACAGCAUUGGUCGGGGUUAGUGGUGCUGGAAAGACAACCCUCAUGGAUGUGCUAGCAGGAAGGAAGACAGGUGGUUACAUAGAAGGAAGUAUUAGCAUCUCCGGAUACCCUAAAAACCAAUCGACGUUUGCUCGGGUCAGUGGUUACUGUGAACAGAACGACAUUCACUCGCCUAACGUCACUGUCUACGAAUCCCUCCUAUACUCAGCCUGGCUUCGUCUUUCUUCCGACAUUAAGACUCAAACUCGCAAGAUGUUUGUGGAAGAAGUUAUGGAGUUGGUUGAGCUCAACCCUAUCAGAAACGCGCUUGUCGGGCUUCCUGGUGUCGAUGGCCUUUCGACUGAGCAAAGAAAGCGGCUGACAAUAGCUGUAGAGUUGGUGGCUAAUCCAUCUAUUAUCUUUAUGGACGAACCAACCUCCGGCCUUGAUGCUAGAGCAGCCGCCAUCGUGAUGCGUACGGUGAGGAACACGGUGGAUACAGGGAGGACUGUUGUUUGCACGAUUCACCAGCCGAGCAUUGACAUUUUUGAAGCUUUUGAUGAGUUGCUAUUAAUGAAAAGAGGCGGGCGGGUCAUUUAUGCUGGCCCUCUUGGUCGCCAUUCCCACAAGCUCGUAGAAUAUUUUGAGGCUGUCCCAGGGGUUCCGAAGAUCAGGGAUGGUCACAAUCCAGCCACAUGGAUGCUUGAAGUGAGUGCUCCGGCAGUUGAGGCUCAGCUCGAGGUCGACUUCGCAGAUAUUUACCCAAACUCUGACCUUUAUAAGCGGAACCAAGACCUGAUCAAAGAGCUUAGUACCCCAGCCCCAGGCUCCAAAGAUCUCCACUUCCCUACCGAGUACUCACAACCUUUCCUCACUCAGUGCAAGGCUUGUUUCUGGAAACAGCACUGGUCUUACUGGAGAAAUCCUCAGUACAACGCCAUCCGGUUCUUUAUGACCAUAGUCAUCGCCAUUUUGUUUGGUUUAAUAUUCUGGGAUAAAGGACAGCAGACGACCAAGCAACAAGACCUGAUGAAUCUUUUGGGAGCCAUGUACGCAGCUGUGCUUUUCCUUGGGGCCACAAAUGCUUCUGCUGUGCAGUCUAUAGUCGCCAUUGAGAGGACAGUCUUCUACCGUGAACGAGCAGCUGGAAUGUACUCUCCGCUGCCAUACGCAUUUGCUCAGGUGGCUAUUGAGACAAUUUAUGUAGCGAUUCAGACAUUGGUCUACAGUCUUCUCCUUUACUCGAUGAUUGGGUUCGAGUGGAAGGCGGGGAAGUUCUUGUGGUUCUACUACUACAUACUGAUGUGCUUCAUCUACUUCACGAUGUAUGGAAUGAUGGUUGUAGCAUUGACACCAGGCCACCAGAUAGCUGCCAUUGUGAUGUCCUUCUUCCUGAGCUUCUGGAACUUGUUCUCUGGCUUCCUUAUCCCUAGGCCGCAAAUUCCUGUAUGGUGGAGGUGGUAUUACUGGGCUUCACCAGUGGCAUGGACGCUGUACGGUCUUGUCACCUCUCAAGUGGGCGACAAGAAUGGCAAUCUCGAAAUACCAGGAGCCGGCAACAUGCCGUUGAAGCAGUUCCUGAAGGUAGAACUGGGUUUUGACUACAGCUUCCUCCCAGCUGUCGCGGUUGCUCACAUCGGCUGGGUCCUUCUCUUUUUCUUUGUCUUCGCUUACGGCAUCAAGUUCCUCAAUUUCCAGAGGAGAUAAAACCGAUGGCAAACAGUUCUCACUUUCUGGCUAGAUUUUGAAACGUUAAACGUAGGCCCAUCAUGUAAAUUAAGGAUGAUAGGCGACUAAAGAGUCUCCCUCCUCCUGUUUUCUUCACUUUUCAGUAAGUCUUGCUUUUGUAACACUAGCAUUCUUUGUCACCGCUGCUUCAUUGGACUUAGAGCGUCAGUUAAUUGUAAGAGACAAAUAAUUAAUUUGAAAUGCAAACGAGUGGUGUGGUUCUCUUA